GCGCUGUCAACACAACUGGUACUUUCAUCGGAAGGAAAUAUAAAGGAUACAUUUAAAAACAACAACACCUACUAUAUUGGGCUGUGUAAUUCUUCAAAUGAUCAUAAUACUCGAAGCAGAUCAUAAAACCACGAAAUUCAACAUAGAAAUCGCAGGUGAAUAAACCAUUUAACUAGGAUUACUUAAAUAAAACAUUAGAUUAUCAGUAUUAAGCUAAGAGUAAUGUGAGGUACAUGAUUUGAAAGUGCGGAAUAAAGGCGAUACUUCAAAAAAGAAAAUGUUCCGUCGGCGAGUCAAUUUCAGUGCGAAAAUGUGCAAUUAAAUAAUGUAUAAGCAUAUGUGUUGCAACAAAUAAACGAGUGUGAAGCUAUUAUAUAAUAGUGAAUACUAAUAUACACAUGAUAUGCCACAGUAAGAGCAUAUCAAAGGAGCCGGAGUGAGAUAAAACAAUAUUACUCCGUCAUAUACAUAUAUAUACAUCAUAUAUGUACUCCGUUCUAUAUACUACAUGAGCAGUCAAUGAAUUUAUAAAUAAUCUUUCCGUGAGCUUGUAACUAAUAAAUUGAGUCUUCCGUGGAGCCACCAUAAGCUGUUCACUUGUUAUUGAAGCAUACGUCGCUUUACAAAUUUAUGCAUGCCUUCCGAAGAGAUGGAUGAUAAGCGAGCGAUUGGAAAAAUGAGUAAAAGGCGGAAAACUGCAUUUAAUUACUCAGCGACCAAUCGACGGUAUGAAGCGGCUCGCAGUCUGCAAGUCGCCGGUGCAACGACAACGAAGGAUGCUAUCCUGUUAUUCUUGAUGGCCGUGCUUGUCGUCAUCGCUACAACGAGCACAGAUGCAUCUAACUACUUUGACACUCAAGGGCCUAAUUUCUCGCAUGAACCACCAUCGCGCAUCGAAUUCACCAACAAUGCUGGCAGCAUUGCCGAUUGCAUAGCACACGGUAACCCGCCGCCGAAUGUCGAAUGGCUGGAUAAGGACAAUAAUCCCAUUACCUCGAUAUCAAAGGUGCGCCAUAUACUUGCCAAUGGCUCACUUUAUUUCCCUCCCUUCGAGGCGGAAGAGUUCCGACAAGAUGUCCAUUGGUCGGUAUAUCAUUGUGUGGCCAGUAAUCCUGUGGGUACAAUUGUUUCUCGUGAUGUUGUUGUGAAAGCAGUUGUAAAUCAACGCUAUGAGCCGGAAGUGCAAAAUCCGGGAGGUUUCAUCGGUAGCAACGUAUUAAUUAAAUGUAAUAUACCUUCGUUUGUUAAGGAAUAUGUAACGGUUACAUCAUGGCUACAGGAACCGAAUUUCAAUAUCUAUCCAUCGCUGGAGGGAGAUGGCAAAAAUCAUAUGCUGCCAACCGGCGAACUUCUGGUGUACAACAUUACACGCACCGAUGCGCACAAAGUUUAUCGCUGCCGGACCCAUCACAAGUUGACGCAGGACUCCGUUGUGAGCAGCAAUAUGGGAAAAAUUCAAUUGACUGAAAUGCGUGAACUCGUGCCGCCUAUUAUGAAUGAGAAGGCCACAAGCGUGGUGACACGUUUGGGCGAUCCCGUUGUAGUGCCAUGUGUGGCCUAUGCCAACCCGAAGCCGGUCUAUCGCUGGCACACGAAACGGCCAAACAACGAGGAGUCCAUACAGCAUUUGUUGGCGACAGGUCGUGCAAAAAUCAAGGAGGGCACACUAAUUAUAACCGCUGUCGAUCGGGCUGAUAGUGGUGCCUUCUUCUGCACUGCCACAAAUUCGGAGGGCAGCGAAACUUUGGAAGUACAAAUUGCCGUUACAUCACCGCUCACUGCCAGCAUACAACCCACCGUACAAACCGUGAACCUCGGCAAAACUGCCAACUUGAUUUGCAGCAUUUCGGGCUUCCCAAAACAAAGUGUUCUCUGGCUAAAGGAUGGUCAGCCAUUACGUUCUGGCGCUCGUGUCCGUCUACUCUCCACAGAGCACAUACGCAUUACGUCCAUUACGAAGGAGGACAAGGGAAUGUAUCAGUGUAUUGUGAAAAAUGAUUUGGAGUCAGCACAGGCCACCGCAGAAUUACGACUUGGGGAGGUGGCACCACAACUAAUUUACAAAUUCAUCGAACAGACCAUACAACCUGGACCAUCAGUUUCGCUAAAGUGCAGCGCCAGUGGCAAUCCAACACCAAAAAUUGUCUGGCACUUGGAUGGAUUCCCGCUGCCAAAUAACGACCGUCUCAUGAUUGGCCAAUAUGUCACAAUGUUUGGUGAUGUUAUAAGCCAUGUCAACAUAUCCGCGGUGAAGUCGGAGGAUGGCGGCGAAUAUGAGUGCAAAGCAAUAUCGCGAGCAGGUGAAGCAUCGCAUUCGGCACGCUUGAACAUCUACGGUAUGCCAUAUGUGCGCAUGAUGCCAAAACUAUCUGCUGUGGCGGGGAAGACCUUUUUUCUCAAAUGUCCUGUGGCAGGAUACCCAAUCGACAGCAUCAUCAUAGAGAAAGAUGGCGUGAGAUUACCCACAAAUAUAUGACAGCGUGUGCAGAACGGCACCCUACUCAUCGAGAAUGUGCAACGUACCGCCGAUCAGGGGACGUACACUUGCAUCGCUCGCAACAAGCACAACUACACCGCGCAACGAACGGUGGAGGUGAAAGUUUUGGUUCCACCCAAGAUUACACCAUUCUCAUUCGCACGCGAUCUGAAUGUCGGCGACCGCACGAGCAUACAAUGUGUCAUUGGCACCGGUGACCUACCGCUCACAUUCACCUGGCUUAAGGACGGACAGCCGCUGCAGCAAAUGGCCACAUCCAUCACAACCUCAGCAGCGGCCGCCUCUGGGCAUAAUCGCCUACUUAUGGGCGGCGUUGGUGUUGGUGUCGGCGUGAAUUAUGUACUGCGCGAUGGUAGUGCUGGUGGUGGUGGCAGCGUUGGCGGCGGCGGCGGUGUUAGCGGUGGGCAUCAUAGCGGUACCGGUGGCGUUGCUGCAUCAGGUCCAUCAGGUCAUACAAACUACGACGAUUCAGCAGCCUCAGCGGAUGCUGCUGCGACAGCAUCAAUGUCAACGAAUGCGGAUGGUAGUAGCGGUGGUGUAGAUGGUGGCGCUGGCCAAGUGACAAUUCGCCAAAAUGAUGAUUUCACCAGCGCCCUCAGCAUCACAAGUGUGACGCGAGCACAGAGCGGCACCUAUACGUGUCGCGUACAAAACGAUGCCGCCACUGUAUCGCACUCUGCACAGCUAAGAGUCAAUGUCCCACCACGUUGGAUAUUAAAACCUACCGACCAAGAUGCCAUACUCGGUAACCCUGUGGCAAUAACCUGCAAAGCUGACGGAUUUCCCAUACCGACAGUUCAAUGGAAGCAGUCGAUUGGUGAUUCAGGCGAAUAUCGUGAGCUCAGUUAUGGCAUUGGCAAUGGGAACUCACAAUCUGUAAUCGAAACAUACAAUAACGGGUCGCUGAUUAUACCCAAAGUUGGGCGAGAACAUGAGGGCAGCUAUUUGUGUCAAGCGAGUAACGGCAUCGGUGCAGGUUUGAGUACACUGAUCAAACUAACUGUGCACGUCGGUCCUUCUGUAACGGUUUCGAAGAAACAAGUUUCCGUCCGUCGUGGUGAUCGUGUUACACUGCGCUGUGAAGCUGAUGGCGAUCAACCGCUGAAUAUAACGUGGCGCGCCAAGGCCAACCACAUUGAUCCAUCCUACGAUAUACGUUAUCAUAUAAAAGAUUCACCGCUAAGUCGUGGUACCGUAUCGGAAAUGACAAUACUACAGACCAUACUUAAUGACCGUGGUGAAUAUACUUGCAUCGCCACCAACAAUUAUGGUCACGAUCGCGCUGUAAUUCAUCUGCAAGUGCAAGAGCCACCAAAUUUUCCCGUUAAUUUGCAUGUUACCGAUUUGGGUAGCCGCUCAGUUACGCUGGCUUGGUCACCAAAUGACCAAGACUCAAUUUUUAUGAAUAACGGUGGUAAUAAUCGAGACUCGCAACCAAUAUCGAAUUACAUUUUGCAGUAUAAGAAAGCAGGCGAUGUCUGGCAUGAGCACAACAAUCAAAAAUUGUUACCCGGCGAUAAAACCACGGCGCAAAUUGGUUCCCUUCGUCCAGCGCAGGCGUACCACUUCCGCCUUUACGCCGAAAAUCAUCUGGGUACUAGCGCUCCAAGCGAUAUUCUGCUAGUGCAAACCGAUGCUGAGGUGCCAAGUGGUCGCCCGCAAGAUGUUUCCGCCGAGCCACUAGGUCCUCAGCAGUUACUCAUCACUUGGCGUCCGCCAGAACGAGAUACAUGGAAUGGCGAACUCCUGGGUUACAGUAUCGCAUAUCAAAAGCAUGGCGCGCCAGAUAGCGUACAAAAUUUCACUAAAGUCAGCAGCUUAGGUGGGGAGGGACUAAAUGAUUUUCGGCUCACUGGGCUGGAGAAAUACACACAGUAUGCCAUAUCUGUGUCGGCAUUCAAUGUGAAAGGCGAUGGUCCACCUAGUGAAGUGACUAUGGGUCACACCUUGGAGGAUGUACCAUCUGCGCCACCACAGGGCGUCACUUGUAUUGCACUGACUGCGCAAAAUAUACAGAUCUCCUGGCAGGCGCCACCAAAAGAGUCCAAUCACGGUAUCAUACAAGGGUAUAAGCUCCUCUACGAACCCGGUAAUAUUGAAUCAGAGUAUGGCACACGCGAAACAAAGAUCACCUCAGCAUUGAGUACGGUGCUACAUGGUCUACAACCUUUCACGAAUUACAGCGUACAGGUUUUGGCAUUUACACGUGCUGGAGAAGGUGUGCUCAGUCCGACUGUGUCGUGUACUACUGAAGAAGCGGUGCCAGAUGCGCCUGAACGCGUCAAGUCUGUCGUAAGUAGCGAGUCUUCAGUGAUUAUUAGCUGGCUACCACCGCGCCGUCCCAAUGGUAUUGUUACCAAAUACAAUGUCUACAUACGUAUACUAGACAAGGGGCAAGAGUUGAAAAUUCUCAAAGAAGUGUUGCCCGCAAACAAUCGUCACUUUGAAGCUAAAGAUUUAAUGGUGCGCGAAACUUAUGAAGCGUGGGUAACUGCUUCAACACGUGUGGGGCAGGGACCCAGCACGCCGGUUAUCAAAUUAAUACCUAGUCCCUCUGUGCCCGCAGCCAUCAUAUCAUUCAGUCAGACCUUGAGCGUCAGUUGGCGAGUCGAUCUCAAAUUAGCCUGUGUAUUCGUUGGCAAUCCGAAACCGAACUCCGAAUGGAAGGUGUUAAAUGCGCGUUCCAAGAAACAUUUCCGCUUGGAGGUGAGCAAUGAUAACACGCUGACAUUGCGCAAUAUACAGCGUACUCAUGAGGGCAAUUAUUCGUGUGUGGUACGAAAUUCGAUUGGCUCCGAUCACAUUGUCUAUCAGGUAUACGUGCAAGUACCACCAUCAGCCCCCGUGCUUUCCGUAAUCGGUAGUACCAGUAACUCAGUGUCGCUGCAGUGGCGAGUAGACGAUAUAGGCGGUGCACCACUACGUGGUUUCACAAUGACCUUUCGCAAGGAAUUUGGUGACUGGGAAGAAACCCAACUUGACCGUCGUGUUAAUUCUCAUUUAAUAGAGAAUUUGGAUUGUGGCACGAGAUAUCAGUUCAAUAUGGUGACAUUCAAUAAAAUUGGAACGAGUGAAACGAGUGCUAUCGAAACAGCCAAAACGAAAGGCAAUAAACCGAUUCCGCCACAUAAGCAAAGCUUGAUACGUUCCAAUAUCACAUCCGCAUUGCUGGAGUUAUCCUCAUGGCAAGAUGGCGGAUGUCCUAUACAAUACUUCAGCAUUGAGUUCAGACGUUAUGGUAUUUCAAGUGACUGGAUCAUCGUCUCUAGUCGUAUAGAGACACACACACGCUAUACAAUUGGCGAUCUGGAGCCUGGAACUGCAUAUAAUCUACGCGUGGCGGCGCACAAUAAUGCUGGAUCCACCAUAAAGGAGUACUACUUUGAGACGUUGCAUUUCAAUGGACUUUCGGCCGAGUUGGAUCACGGCGACUUACCCGAGGUGCGAACACUCUUCCGCGAUGUUCAUCUGAUAGCAGUAAUUAUCACAUCGGUGUUUGGCACGAUCUUGGCUAUAAUCGGCGCUUGCAUAUGCUUCAAGAACUAUCCACGCCAACUAUUUGCACGGAAUGUCGACUCGAUGCGGCCACAUGGCGCUGAUGGCAAGGAUAUCCAGCAUCGUGAACAAUACUACGGUACGGUACGCAAAUCAUGCCAGCAAUCACCACGUGAAUCGGUUGCUGGGCUUGAACGCAUACCUGAAUACUCUGAAGAUAUCUAUCCUUACGCUACAUUCCAUUUACCAGAACAUGAAAAUCAAUCAGCUAACAUACCGCUCAGCCGCAAGGGAGGACUGCCGGCUAUGUACGAUCCGCGUGGCGGUGGUGUUGCGGACGACAAUACACUCUCCAGCACGGGUGCCAAGGUGAAACGUUCGGUUUCUGCGGGCAUUGGCAGCAGCGCUUCUAAUGCGAAUUUAGGCGGAGGACCGGUCACAGCAUCGGGCGAGUGUAGUCAUACCAAUACUGAAAAACGGCAUAAACGACGCUCAAAAGCAAUUAAAUCGGAGUCAGAGGAGUACGAUAGCUUGAAUAGUGAUAGCGAUUUGAGUGGUGAACGUAUGCGUGAACGGGAGCGUGAAGAAAGUCGCAGCGGACGCGAAUCCUCAUCUCAUCUAGACGAUAGUGGUUACAACCCGCACGGUCAUAGUCCUUGCAGUGGUGGCAAUACCGGAGGCAAUAAAGAGCGGCUUUCAGUAUUCAGUAGGCCUCAACUUCAUAGUAACAGCAUGGACCCCGUGCCCUUCGACUACCGGCUCUUUGACCCGCCACCAAAACAACCGAAACCAACCAUUGCCUGUGGGGCACAGUCACAAUCGCAUCACCAUCACCAGCGACAAACAUCAUCCACAUCAACAUCCACAUCAGCUUCCACAUCCACAUCUGCCCAAAAUUCAACCAACCAUACAAAUAUGCCCGGCAGUCUAUCCGGUGGCAAAAUACGAUCAAAAGCUACCGAUACUAAUUCCAACAGCGGCAGUAACCUCCUCCUCUCCGGCGAGUUCCAAUGCACAACUAACAGCAUCCCCGCCCCGCAUAUUGUCCAGUCGGGUUCAUAUGUCGAAAUUCUGAAGCAUGCCGCACCACAACCCCCCAACAUAACAAACAACCAACAAACACCCAUGCAAGCGCCAAACACAAAACGUCCAAGCGGCGCUGGCAUUGGCGUUGGCGGUGGCUCAAAUAACGGAAGUAGUAAUAAUGCUGUCAGCGGUGCCGCCUUGGCUUGUCACAACAAGAGCUACGGUGAUUUUCUAACAAUUACACCACGCCGCAAAGGUAAGCUGCUUUCAUCCGGCUAUGGUGAAAAACACGGCGGUGCUGGUGGCGGUGCACUUGAUGGCAGCAAUCAGGACAAUUAUCGCCAUCAUUUGCCCACCAGUAUUGAACCACUUCAUUUACUCGGCAUACCCAACGACAAUAUGUCGACAUUCUUUGACUAUCGCGCCAUGGAGACGCUCAGCAAUGCCGAUACGCUCGCAAUCGGCAGCAGUCUUUCGGGUCAUGCACACAACAACAAAGCCAACAAAUCGUACGACACGAACAUCACUUGCUUGAAUGCAAACAAUUAUGUCGAAACCACACAAAGCAACAGCAGCUCAGGCAUACCUGAUGAAUUUCAUAAUAUAAUAAGCGAGAAGAAUUUGAGUCCACCCUCGGCUUUCAGUGAUAACAACAGCUGUCUGCCAAAGGGCAAAGUUUAAAGUCCAAGUCUCGUGGCAGCACUUCAACGAAGAUCAUAUCAAAAUAGUGGGUUUUACGGUAUAAUUAACCUAAAAGAACUGAAGAAUUCUGCAUAUCAAGUACGCGAAUCUCUGUAAUGGUUAUACUAGAAUUACGGACAUAACUAUACAUAUAUUCAUGAGUAUUCAUGAGAAAAGUAUAGUAGAACAUUGAUGUCGGUUUAGGAUGUCGGAACAUCGAAACGAAAACACAACUGAAGACUUUACGGAAGCAUUUAAACACAAGCGACAAAUAAAAAGUUAAAAUAUUUUAAUUGAGCGACUGGAUGACUCUUAAGUUCAACGAUAUUCUCUGGAAGAAAAUCUUUUAAGAAGUAUCGCAUUUGUAUACUGCAAAAGCUACAAGUUAGGCUCUCUACGUCUCCAAAAAUCAUAUACAUAAAUAUGUGUUAUGAUUGUAUGUACUAGCCUAUAUGCUAAUUUAUGUAAAUUUAUUAAAUUGUAGUACGAGUGACGCAUAGUUAAAUGAAUUAGAAUUAGAAAAUUUCAGUUUGUUCAUUACAUAGAACUCGAAAUGUUUAGCGGAUAGGUAAAUCAGUAAUAGUUCGGACAAUUUACGUGGAUAUACGAAAGUACCAAACAUUUUCAGUUGUUAUUAUCGACUAUUAUUCAUUAUAUAUAUAAUUUAACCCUACAAUUUAAGUCUAUGUAUAACUCAGAACCAUUUCCAUAUGGCUCUGUCCAUUAUUUUCCUUUUUUGAAAACCAAUUCUUUGUUCGAGGCAGUUUUUACGUGAGAUUUGCAUAAUCCUUAACUCUGUAUUCGAGGCGCUUACAGUUCGUAGGACAGUGAACAUAUUUUGAAUUCACAGCAGUUCUGGCUUUUGUACUACUAUUUUUUAGAGUUCGCUACAAACUAACAUAUUUUCAACAUAGUCCCCGAAUCCAUUGAGCCGAACCGAUAUUAUUUGACUACAAAAAAAAAAUGAUAAAAAGUUAAAAUAUGGACUAAAAUUUGAACCAGAAUUAGAAGACAUCGUGACUUUAGUCGGUCAUUGCUUUGUUUUCUUGGGAUCUUAUUGUCAUGGGAUAUUACAGCCCAUGAACGAGAAUUCUUUUCGAAACAAAAGCAACUCAUUCAUUUCAAUGAAAGGUUUAAUUGUAGAAUCAUUGGUAAAUGAAGCUGGACUUCAAUAUUAAUGAACUCCUUUCAUUAUUCUUAUUUCUUUAAAUGUUAACUUUGAUGAUUAAAUGAUUGCUUGUGCUCUAUUUCAUGGUUAAGACAUUGGGAUCAUGAAGAACAUAAAAAAAUAUUCACUUCGGCUAAGAGUCUGAACGCAGCGACACCGGUUUAUACAACCUUAUAGAUAUGUAGAGAUAUGUAUUAAGCAAAUGUACUUCCAUUUUCAGUCGAUAAUCUUUAUUCAGAAAUCUUAACCUUAUUAAGAUGAUCGAAAUAUUGCUUUUGGUAGAUUUUAGAUAAAUAAUUUGAACUACAUAUCGAGAGUAUAUUAUAUGAGUCCUUCUUCUGUCAAUCCUGAAUUUUAUUUCAAACAAUCUUCUCCGAAUUAAGCAGUCCAUCAUAUUAAUGAUCUUUGAUCUCAACUUCAAUUCCUCAAUCAUAUUCUCUGUGAUCUUUGUUUCCGCUUUCUGGGUAACAUUUUUAUGUGUUGAAAAUAGUUUCAGUCAAAUUGGGGUCAGAUUGUCGACAUAUACGUACAUUCCAAACCCUGUUGGGAUCCAUUAUUGUUUCUGUUCUUACAACUCUAUUCUGCUCUCCAACAAAGCAGCAUAGAUGUGUUUGGAAGGUCUAAUCAUACAUAGUUUUAGAUAUUGCUGAUUACAGAGUUUCUAAAAUCGACCGCUAUAUUGGGAAAGGCAUUAAAUAGACAAGUUGGGUUUGAAUUAAUUUGAUAAUUAUUGUUACUAACUAUUUUAUUCUAGCAUGACCUUUGAAUGACAAGACUCUUCCAAAUUGUAUAAUAAAUGGUUGAUUGGAAAUAAUUGAAGGAGGAUGUACUGGUUCUUUAGGUUUUUAGUUAAUUUAUGGAAUUGACUUCAAGUUCGGCAAAUUGUGGUGAGGAAAGUUAAAGAAUAUCAUAAUCGGGUAGAAUUAAGACAAAAGAUACUGCAUUAGAUUAUUUGAAUAAUACAUAUACAUAUUUAUAAGCAUAAGAAACACACUGUUAAUUAGUUAAAUCUACAAAUGAAGAAUUUAAUUAUCAUAAAUAUAAACGAACGAAUAUUUUUUUUUUAAUAUUGUGUAUAUACCAACACAGAGCAAAGUGUUUAAAAGCAUUUAAUUAUUUGCAUUUAAAAAUCAAAUAUCAAAAACUAAAACAAAAUAUCAAUAUUAUUAACUGAACAUAUUGACAAGUUACAUAGCUAUCUUAUAGACUGUAUGUGUGUACAUAUUAUGAAAGAAAACGUUAUAACCGUUCAUUGUGGUAAAUAAGGUAAAGAAGUCAAUGCAUUAUUAAUAAAUAUAGUUAACCAUUAUACCAGCAGUCCCUGCAUGUAUGCCAACAAAUAAUAAAAUUAGACAGUUUGGUAGCAGCCAAAACCGACAAUUUGCGAUUAACCCUCGAAAUCAAUUUUAAAGCGUCAAUUUUUUUACGAAAAUUUACAAACUUUUGAACUAGAUCUGUAUGUAAGUGUAUUUAAGCAGAAAUUAAAAACAAAAUUUAAAAGUGACAAAUUUUUGAAAAAGCUAAAAAAUAAAGCAAAUUAAUACAACGCGCAUUAACUGUUGUAAGUUUGAAAAAAUAAUCAAUAAAUUUUAACAAUUAAUCGAAGUUUAUAUCUUAUAAAUAACGACAAUGAGCAAACAACAAACACAAAAAAUGAAAUAAAUUUAAUAAGAGAAAUCCGCAAAUUACAAAAAAUACUUAAAUAAAAAAAUUAACUGAAAUUGUGCGUCAUUUAUAAUAUAUUUCAAAAAUAUUUA